CCGAAUCGCGAUACACCGCGGGACGCAGACACAGACUGAAUAGGCAUUUAGCUCGCGUUUACCUACCGUAUUCGCGGGCCAGUUUGGCUCACGCAUUCGAGCCGCCAACACCGACUGAUUCUUCUCUAAUCGUAUUUUUCAAAUCGUGAUCCCGCCGCAACUUUGAACUUGCUUUAUGAAUCGCGUCCAUUGGAUCUGAGUCAAUUGAAACCUAUUACCAUUCUGUUUCUUCAAAUCAACCAAUUUCUUUGGUCAUUCUUCUAGUUGUCUAUGCUUCCUUUAUUUCACUCCUCCAAUCCAUCCUUCCUUCCUUCCUCUCUUCCUCUUCUCCUUUCUUACUUCCUCUCUUCUUCUCUUCCUUCUUCUCCUCCUGUAAUUGACUCUAAUAAAAAUCGACCGAAGAUUUGCAAACGUGCAUCAAGACCGGCUAUUUCGAAGUUCGCGAAGCAGAUGAUAGCUGACAUUCCUUAGGAGGCAGCCCAGAAGAAGUUUACUGUUCCUUUGGAGCCUGCGAUUAGGACAUCUCGACUAACCACGAGAAACAGCGGACACGUGAAAAAUGCAACCCUUCACGUGCAGUAUUUUUCUUCUGAUGGUGGUGUCGAUCGUGAACGGGAGACCCGAUUUUUCGGACUUACCGCCUGGCCCGUAUUGCGCUAAAUCGUAUCCAGACUGUUGUUCGGGUCGCCAGGACGAAUGUAAUGCACCGAUCCUCGACGGUGUUUGUUACUGUGACGAUUUCUGUGACCGAUACAGGGAAGAGGAUUGUUGCCCAGAUUUCUGGAGCCACUGCAAAGGAAUCGAACCUAACGUCACUCUACCACCCCCAGAUAACAUCAAACCAAAUGUAUGGGUAUGGGCAGAAUAGCGGAAGUACUUUGCGAACAGAAUCGAUGCCUGGAAGAGCCAGAACUAAUAGAUGAAAUCAACUCGAACCGUUUUACGUCGGGCUGGAGGGCGCGAAAUUACUCCGAAUUUUGGGGUAGAACGUUAAAAGAAGGCGUGGAGCUACGCUUGGGCACCUUAAAUCCAUCACAAUCGGUUUACAAAAUGAAUUCCGUGCGACGGAUCUACGAUCCGGAGACCCUGCCACGCGAGUUCGAUGCCAGGUCUCGUUGGCCUCGUGAGAUUUCCGACGUGACCGAUCAAGGUUGGUGCGGCUCAUCCUGGGCGAUUUCUACUGCACGUGUCGCUUCAGACAGAUUUGCCGUGAUGAGCAAAGGAACCGAUAGUGUUCUUCUCAGCGCGCAACAUUUACUGUCGUGCAACAACAGAGGACAACAAGGGUGCAGUGGUGGCUACUUGGACAGAGCCUGGCUGUACAUGCGAAAAUUUGGCCUGGUCGACGAAGAUUGCUAUCCAUGGAGAGGCAUGAACGAGCAAUGCAAACUGCGAAAGAAAACAAAUUUGAAGACAGCUGGAUGUCGUCCUUCGACAAAUCCGCUUCGGACAAAAUUAUACAAAGUUGGGCCAGCUUAUCGGCUGGGCAACGAGACCGACAUCAUGUACGACAUUUUAACAUCGGGACCAGUGCAAGCCACCAUGAAAGUCUACCAAGACUUUUUCUCUUAUGAAUCGGGAAUAUAUCAACAUACGCCAUCCACUGAAUCUUAUCAAUUCGGUUAUCAUUCAGUUAGGAUUAUCGGAUGGGGAGAAGAUACAUCUACAUAUCGCUAUCGUGGCUCAGCGACCAAAUAUUGGCUGGUAGCUAACUCUUGGGGUCAUCAAUGGGGUGAGGAUGGCUUCUUUCGUAUUCAAAGAGGAACCAACGAGUGUGAUAUCGAGUCGUUCGUGGUAGCAGUGUGGGCGAAAACCGUCUAGGAGAAAGUACAAGAAAUAGAAUAUUCGAUUCGAAUAACUUUUACAAACGCUGCAUUUACUCAUCGGAUCGGACACAUCCGAUUUCGCGAUAUUGCGUUGCGUCACGUUGUUGCGUGUCAUUUCUAUCAAUAUGAAGGAUCGAUUCACGUCUUCGUUACUCUCUUUACAUAAUUACAUAUAUUUCACAUUCACGACAAAUUUCAUUUAACGUGUUUUUAUUAACGUUUCAAUUAAUGUUCGCACAUGGUUCAAAAAAAAAAAAA